GCCUAACCCGCAGACUCCAGUUACCGCCGGUACCUACAGCUGUGUUUUCUCAAGCGGAUCUUCUGUCCCUCCGGGGCUCUGAAAGUGCUGCAGCCUGCGCCCCAUCUUACAGCCCGAAGACAUAGAUGAUGCUUUCAGAUGCUUCCAAAGAUGAAUGUCCCAAGCAGCCGAGCAGGGCAGGCAUCAUGGCUGUCAGCCUCGCGGGGUUGCUUCUGCUUCAAGCAGUGUCGUGGGCAUCAGGUGCUUGCCCCUGCAUCCCUCAAAGCUUUGGCUACAGCUCGGUGGUCUGUGUCUGCAAUGCUACACACUGUGACUCUCUUGACCCCCUGAAACUUCCCGCCCCUGGCACCUUCAGCCUCUAUGAGACCACACGUAGUGGACGUCGGAUGGAGCUGAGUCAGGGGACCAUCCAGACCAGCCACACAGGCACAGGCUUGCUGCUGACCUUGCAGCCUGAACAGAAGUUCCAGAAGGUGAAGGGGUUUGGAGGAGCCAUGACGGAUGCGGCUUCUCUCAACAUCCUUGCUCUGUCACCCACUGUGCAGAACAAGCUGCUCAAAUCCUACUUCUCCGAAGAAGGGAUCGAGUACAACAUCAUCCGGGUACCAAUGGGCAGCUGUGACUUUUCUAUCCGUACCUUCACCUAUGCCGACACCCCUGACGAUUUCCAGCUGAGCAACUUCAGCCUCCUUGAGGAAGAUACCAAGCUCAAGAUACCCCUGAUUCACCGAGCCCUGAAAAUGACCCAACGCCCCAUCUCGCUCUUCGCCAGCCCCUGGACAUCGCCCACUUGGUUGAAGACCAAUGGGGCAGUGAAUGGGAAGGGGUCACUCAAGGGUCAACCAGGGGAUAUCUACCACCAGACUUGGGCCAAAUACUUUGUCAAGUUUCUGGAUGCCUACGCGGAGCAUAACUUGCGGUUCUGGGCGGUGACGGCCGAGAACGAGCCUUCGGCGGGGCUCAUCAGUGGGUACCCCUUCCAGUGCCUGGGCUUCACCGCGGAACACCAGCGAGACUUCAUUGCCCGUGACCUGGGCCCCACCCUUGCCAACAGCACUCACCGCGAUGUCCAGCUGCUCAUGCUGGAUGACCAGCGCCUGCUGCUGCCCCAUUGGGCCAAUGUGGUGCUAAAGGACCCGGAGGCAGCCAAGUAUGUUCACGGCAUUGCUGUGCACUGGUACCUGGACUUUCUGGCUCCGGCCAAGUCCACACUGGGAGAGACACACCGCUUGUUCCCCGACACCAUGCUCUUUGCUUCGGAGGCCUGCGUGGGCUCCAAGUUUUGGGAGCAGAGUGUGCGGCUGGGUUCCUGGAGCCGGGGGGUGCAGUACAGCCAGAGCAUCAUCACGAAUCUUCUUUAUCACGUGGCUGGCUGGAUGGACUGGAAUCUCGCCCUGAACCCUGAAGGGGGCCCCAACUGGGUCCGCAACUUUGUCGAUAGCCCCAUCAUUGUGGACAUCACCAAGGACACCUUCUAUAAACAGCCCAUGUUCUACCACCUGGGCCACUUCAGCAAGUUCAUUCCCGAGGGCUCCCAGAGAGUGGGGCUGGCCGCCAGCGAGAAGACCGAGUUGGAGGCGGUGGCGCUGAUACGUCCCGACGGCUCUGCAGUGGUGGUCGUGCUGAACCGUUCCUCUAAGGACAUGCCUUUCACCAUUGAGGACCCUGCCGUGGGCUUCCUGCAGACGAUGGCACCCGGCAACUCCAUCCACACCUACCUGUGGCGUCGCCAGUGACGCCAGGACAGACGCCCUGGGCAGACAGGCGCCUGGGUCGUGCACGGGCAUUAAAAGGACAGCCAGUUCACAUACACUCUGUGCACAGCAGGGCUUGGGAGCGCUCACAGUGGUGGAAGCCCACCAAGAGUGGUUUGGGUGACUCACUUUCCCCUCGAGGUGGUGCCAGGGGCUCAGGAAGCCCCCACAGCCCCCUCUACUCUGGGCUGGUUUUCUGUGGAAACUGGGCCCGGGCCCAGGGUGAGCUCACCGUACAAACACAGGGUUGGGGCACGGACAGAGGCUGGACCCACAACGGGGCCUGCUCCUCCUUCCUGAAGACGCUGACAGACUCCGGGGAGUGAGGGGUGACUGCCAGCACCAGGCAGAGAUGCAGCUCAGAAGGCCAGCACAGUGGACAAGCUCAGGGCACCAGGGAGACCCCAGGGCGGCCCCUUUAAGGAGAGUGCUUGACCUCAGUCCAUGAGCAGGUUUAUUCUGAGGAGUGGUGCCCCACUUCUGGCUGUGCUGACAACAGGGGGGUGGGGGCGUACCACUUCUGGAAUGCGUGACAGUAGAAAACUCAGUCCUGGGGGGUGAGGAAGACUCAUUCCUCUUCAUCCUCCUCAGCCAUGCUCAGGGCUCGGGGCCCAGGGGACCGAGCUGGCGCUGCCCGCUGGAUGGAGACAAUGCCGCUGAGCAGGGCAUAGCCCACCAUGGCUGCCAGGCCUGCGAGCACGGACAGGACCUGGCUCCGGCGCCGGUAGGGCUCCUCCUCGGUGUCUGGGCCCGUGGGUGCUGGACGUGGGGGUGGCGCCUCAGCUGACGGGCAAGGAAGGAGAGUGGGCAGGGGGGCUGGUCUCUAUAUCCCUGCCCACUCUCCCCAGGGCUGAUCCCUCCCUACCAUCUUACCUCCUUCCCAGGGGAAGUAGAGGCUGAGGAUGUGGCUGCAGUAAGCACAGAGGUUGUGCAGCCCCCGGAGGUGGGCCUGCAGCUUCCCGCUGGGCAGCUUGGUCUGUAGCAGCAGGGCCAAGCAGCUAAAGACAAAGGCGUCCAGGGAGGCGGGGCUGGAACAGAGAUGAGGUGGGUGGACUGAAGGAAGAUGCUGGGCAGAGAGGGGAAGACUGAGCAGGAGGCAGGGGCCUGGCCCUGGGAGGGGAGGGGGGCUCUUGAGCAGCAGGGCACUGCCCAGGAGGAGGACACCCAGCUCUGGACCUGCUGUGGGCACGGCUCCCCAGGUGGCGCCAGCCUGGCCCUGAAUACAGCUCUAUCCCCGGGCUGCAUAAAGGGCACAUUGAGUCCCCACAGCCGUGAGGGCCCCUCCUGGGCCUGACUGCCCUCCCACUCUCCAGUCUGGCCCCACACACAGUCCCACUGUCACCAGACCAAUGUCUCCCUCCAGGACCACUUGUCCAGAGGCCUGUAAUGCCCUCGGCAACACCCCCACCCGAGCCCUUGUGCCUACAUCUGAACCUGUAUCUCCUCCCGGGCCACCCGCUAUCCCCCCGGGGUUCAGACUCACGCAUCUCCGAAGAAGAAUUUCUGAGAACCCAGGCGCUGCGAGAGAAGGGUCAGGCACUCCCGAGCUUCUUGGUACAGCUACAGGGAGGAUGCACGGUGGGCUCAGGCUGCCCCCCACCCGGGCACUCCCAUUCUUGCCCACCACCUCUGGUACCCCGAAAUACCUCCUUCUCCAGCUCUUCCUCGUUCUCUGGCCGGGGUUCCCCACACAGUAGCUGCAGAUGUUCCAUGCGCUGCCGCUGCAUGCGGCCAGGCAGGAAGAAGUUGAGAGGAAAGGGCAUCGCCUCUGCGUACCACUUCCGGGUCACUUCCACAUAGUUCUUGGCGUCUACCCAAAACGUAUGUAUCUGGAUUGGGGAGGCAAGAAGAGAGGCAGGUCUGAAGCCAAUGGGCCAGCUUGGCUCAUGGUGGACCUCUGACCCCUGAGCUGCCCCCUGCCCCCUGCGGGCCGUAAGUGCUGGGUGGGCUGGGCGCACAGGGCACACUCACCAGCACCGGAAGCAGCUUCUCUUCCACGAGGGACAUGAAGGCCAGGGUGUCUGCCCUCUGCCGGGCUGACAGGUCGUAAUCGGCAUUGUACUUCUGUGGAAGAAAUAGCUGAGGUGGGCAGGGGGGAACUCCUGGGUACGCUGGGGUGGAAGGCAACCUAUCUGGUGCCCCCUCUGCCGCCUCAAGUGUAGGGCAGGUAGAGAAGCCUUUCCCACUGAGGUUCCCCUACCAGGGCCCAGCCAGUAGGCUGUUGCUUUUGGCUGGCAGACAGCUGAGGUCUCGGAGCCGGCUGGCUGUCAAGGUCCCACGCCCAUCUGGGGGCCGGUGGGGGAGGAGGGAGGAAGCACAGCCACAAACUAGGAGCAGCUCCCAGAGUUUCCACGGAAAGCUGGCAGUCUGCCUGUGGACAGCAGCUUUCUAACAGCAACUUUCCCGAUCCAGGCACCGCAAAGCUAGCCGAGUGCAGCCAGACGCAAGGUGGGCAUCAGGCCAGUCUUCAGAUCUAGGAGACGCCAUCCUCAGCCUCCUGGGACCCAGGACCCCCUGGCUUGCUCCCUCACUGCCUGGCCCAGGUGCCGCCACCACACACAUUCCUCAGCCCCAGACACCGCCUGUCCUACCUUCCCCGGCCCCAGCCUCCACCCCAUCCCCUCCCCUGCUCCGAAUUAAGCUUUAUCCCCAAAUAACCUCCGGAGCAUGAUGUCUAAGCGUCUGCGGCCCUCAGUUUCUCCCCUUAAUACAGUUGUGCUUGGAAAUAAUUUAAUUAUUUCAUGUAUACACGAGGACAAGCCACAAAGUUCAAGGGAAAAAUUGUCGUUAUCGUUUAAUUCCAUUUUUUCGCGAACUUUCUGAAGCCCUUGGGUGCAUACAGGACUUGAGCAGCAGGACAGCCCCUGCCCGGGGCCACGGCUCUCAUCUGAGUUCAUCUCUCAAAACCAACCAGCCAGCCAGCCCUUACUGGCCUUGAGCUGAUGUCACCUGAUAGCUACCCUGUAAGACAGGGUCGAACUGCCCCUGUGAGUUUCUGAGACUCUAACUCUCCAUUGGCGUUUCUAGAAAGCCCUGUCUGGUGGUAUCGAACUGCUGACCUUCCGGACAGUGGCUGAACUCGUCACCACUACGCCGCCAGGGGUCCUACACCCAUGCCUCUCAAGCUACCAGUAAUUCCUUAACGCCCUCCCCUUUGAUGUGAACAAGGUCCCGCCUUUCACAGUGUGUCCAUUCUUAGAAUCCAACCAUGAGUGCUAGAAAAACUUUGGAAAGAAUCCUGGCUAAAUUCAUCCCCAGGAGCUUGCAGCUCUGGGAGGUGGAAUGCCUUGCUCAAGGGCGCAUGGCGAGUGCGGGGUGAAGAGCAGGGCCUAAGCCUCCCCACUCCUGGAAUGCUCCUUCAUCUCCCAACCCCAUGGCUCUAGGCUCUGUACAUUCUGGGCCCCAGGUCCAGCCCCACCUGGUCUGAGAGGGAGAAAAAAGGGGUCCUCAGCCAUCUCUCUGCCCCACCUCUGAGCCAGCUGCUUGCCUGCCCCUUGCAUGGGUCAUCUGCCUGCCUUGCCCAUCGGGUGGCCUCCAAACACGUUCCCUGUCCCUGGAGCUUCUCUGGCCCACAGCUCACUAUCGCAGCGACACUGUGUGUGCGCCCCUCAUCAGACUGUAUCCUCCUUGAAGCUCUGUGUCACCUGUGUCUUGCUGGCAACCAUCUGGUGCUCAAUAAACGUGUUCUUCCCAUUUGA